GCUUGUACUUAUUCCAGCACAUAGAACAAGCGACGAGUUCCAGCAAGUUCAGCAGCUCAGUGCGUCCGUGUACAUCGUAGAAGACGGACCGGUCGGUUAAUAACGAGUUAGUAUAUGUAUAUGUAGUUUGUGACCGCGUGGAGUUUUCGAAGAUUUCACAAGCUUGCGUGCGAUAGUGAGUCACACAUUAGAUCGAUAAACAAGAUAACAGAAUCUUUUUCCUUAAAUUUCGUCAGCCCGAACGAUAGAAAAAUUUGUAUUUUAACCAUCUAAAGUAUUACUGCGAGUUCUCGUUUUGUUGUUUAUCUUAUUUAAAUAACCAUGGAACUGGACCUACCGAACCGACCGUCAACCUGUACAUGGUCCAUAAAUGCUAAGGAUUCACCACAUACGAAACGAGACGAAACUAGCAACAGGAAUAAAAUACUGCCAGAUAUUUUACAUGCCAUUGGACAAACGCCCAUGGUACGCCUCAACAAUAUUACAAAAUUACAUGGCAUCAAAUGUGAAAUGUAUGCAAAAUGUGAAUAUUUCAAUCCAGGAGGUUCGGUCAAGGACAGAAUUGGUUAUAGAAUGGUGCUGGAUGCAGAAGCCAAAGGUAUAUUGAAACCAGGCUGCACAAUAAUAGAACCAACAAGUGGAAACACUGGUAUAGGGCUGGCCAUGGCAGCAGCUGUUCGAGGGUACAGAUGCAUUAUAGUUAUGCCUGAGAAAAUGUCCAAUGAAAAGCUCUACACCCUCAAGGCUUUGGGUGCUGAAAUCAUAAGAACUCCAACAGAGGCAAGCUGGGACAGCGAGGAGGGUCAUAUUGCGACUUCGCAGAAAUUGAGAAGUCAAAUUCCUAACAGUGUUAUACUUGAUCAGUAUACAAAUCCUGGAAAUCCUCUGGCUCAUUACGACGGAACAGCGACUGAGAUUUUAGAGCAGUGUGAUGGAAAAAUUGACUAUUUUGUUGGAGGUGCUGGUACAGGUGGCACGAUAAGCGGUAUUGGUCGUAAACUCAAGGAAAUGUCUCCUGAAACAAAGAUUAUUGCUGUCGAUCCGGAAGGCAGUAUUUUAGCAGAUAUCGAUGAAUCUGACGCCGAAGCGAGUUCCAUUAAAUUUUAUGAGGUUGAGGGAAUUGGGUACGACUUUAUUCCAACGGUGCUCGAUCGAAACGUUAUCGAUAAUUGGGUGAAAAGUAACGACCACGAGGCGUUCACAAUUGUACGAGAGCUCAUAAAAACCGAAGGUCUGUUAUGCGGCGGAAGCAGCGGUUCCGCUCUUUCAGUAGCUCUGAAACUAGCGAAAGAUCUUCCAGCCGAAAAACGCGUUGUGGUCCUUUUGCCCGAUGGCAUAAGGAAUUAUAUGACCAAAUUCGUUUCCGACCAUUGGAUGGAGGCGAGAGGAUUUGCGGACGUUCCACAGCCAGUGGAAUCCAACAAGUGGUGGUGGAAUUUACACAUUUCAAAUCUCAAUAUCACAAAAGGGAUGAGCCUUCCUCAAAGCGCAACUUGCCAAGAAGCGUUAAAUCUUCUUGAAAGCGAAAAACUGGAAAGAAUCCCAAUUACGAGCGAUAAUUUCAUAAAAGGUCUUGUAACUUUGCACACUCUCAUGAGCCGACUAAUAGCAGGGUCGGUGAAAAAAAGUGAUCCUGCUACUGAGGUGAUACAGAGACAAUUUCUGAAAGUUUGUCGAAUGACAACUCUUGCCAGACUUUCAAGGAUUCUCGAAACUGACGCUUUUGUAGUCGUUGUUGACGAACAUGAUCAUGGCCAUUUCAUUGGACUCGUUACUCAGAAAGACCUUUUUAAUUUCAUCAGCAAAGGCGCUCAACCAUGCACCAAUGGAAACGCUUGAAUUUCAUAAAGAAACAGAAACUAAUACACGACUAUUCCGGAGCCUUGUUUGUGCCGUUGCAUAUCAAAAAAUCUCAUCAUACAACGAUAUCCAAUUAAGAAAGCGAAAAAUCACGAUAAUGAAAAACGAUUAAAUAUGUAUGAUCAUAAAAUCUGAAUAAUUGAAAAAAAACCCUGAUCGAAUAUUUUAGAUAAUCAAGUGCAAUAUACGAUAAAGCCCAGCAAAAACACAUGUUUUGUGGACGAAAAUGAAAGAAAAUGUAGCAAUUUCAAUAGGGUUAAAAAAAAGACUUUUGGUUGAUGUAUACUGAUGUGAAUAUCAGGAUCAUUGUGACCAAAAAUUUUUACUAUAUGUACAUCAUUGGUUUUAAUCCCAAGGGUCAAUUUUUUAAACAACUUCAUCACGACUAAUGCUAGCUCUAAAAUUUACUGCAGUAAAUUCUCAAUUUUCUUUGCUUAAAUAUUUUCUUUUUUGAAAAUACAAGUAAAAAACAUUAAAAGAAAAACCAUUUCCAUGCUUGUUGCAACCGAACUGAUGUUCCUUUAAAAAAGUAAUUUAACAAGAUAACGAUGAAAAUUU